AUGCAUCUCAACUUUGUCGUCCUUAUAUCGUUGCCAAUUCUGGUGAGCGCAUGGCCGGCCAGAAAAUAUGGAGACAACUCAUGGGCUGUCAACACCAGCUCUGGCAACUUUGCCCCCUUCUUUGAACCAUCUUACCCGAACGUUGCUGCAUUUCUUGAUAUCCCAUUUGCGGAGACUCCAGUCGGAGAUCUCAGGUUUACGCCACCUGUCGCAAAGAAACAUCCCGGAGAUAAAAUCGUUCAAGCAACGAAACUUCCACGGGGAUGUAUUCAAUACGUGCCUCUCUUGCUCAGAGGUACUGUUGCUGAUAGCCUCAUUUCUGCUGCCAACUUCCAGCGUGGAGACUACGCGAAUACCACUGAAGAUUGUCUGAGGCUCUCUUUGUUCGCCCCCAAAAACGCUAUCGCCGCAAAGAACGGCGCGAAAGCUGAACGGUUGCCUGUCGUAAUCUGGGUUCACGGGGGCGGCUAUAUGAUUGGAGGCACCAACGUCCCAUAUCAGCUUGCCCAACCCUGGGUUCAGCGAAGCCAGAAACACAUCGUUGUACAGAUCCAAUAUCGACUCAAUCUCCUCGGACUACCAAAUGCCGCUGGCUUUGCAAAAGAAGGAAGGAACCUGAACCUGGCGCUGCUCGACCAACGUCUCGCUGUUGAAUGGGUAAGAGAUAACAUUGCUCGAUUCGGCGGCGAUCCCAACCGCAUCACGCUCUGGGGUGAAAGUGCAGGUGCUUAUGCUACAGAUGGCUAUCUCUUUGCUUGGCCUCGCGACCCAAUUGUUAAGGGUGUUAUAGCUGAUUCUGGGAAUGCCCUCGCAAUUGAGGGGAGCUUAGGCGAUGCCAGAAAUCACAGCACUUUUUCUAUCGCCGCAAAGCAUCUAUGUUGCGGCGGCCUGUCACCGGAGAAAGAGCUCCAGUGCAUGAGAGGCGUUCCCGAGCACAAACUAAAGGAAUAUCUUCAAGCAGAACUCGGUCAGGGAGGUGCUGCUGAUGACGGCCUUGGGUUCUCACUUAUCCCUGAUAAUGUCACUGCGUUUACCAACUACACCGAGAGAAUCACUACAGGCUCGUACAACUUUCCAGCAAAGGUUCCUCUCUUGAUUGGGACCAACACGAACGAAGGAGCUGCCGUCAUUCCUUACAACUUUCCAGGCUACGAAACAGCUACAGAGAUACCGGCCAACCUCAAGCCCAUUGCUGAUGGGUUUGGUCUCAAUCUCCAAUGCACUACCCUCAAAGAGAACCGUUUGAGAUCUGAAGCAGGUGCCAGGACCUUUCAAUAUCUUUAUGCGGGUAAUUUCACGAACAUUUCCCCUCUAUCCUGGCUGGGCGCGUAUCAUACUGCUGAAUUGCCUCUGAUCUUUGGUACUCACGACAUUGAGGGCCCAUCAACCAAAUUCGAGCAAAAAGUUAGUGAGAGAAUGCAAGAUCUCUAUCUCAAGUUCGCCAGUGACCCUGCACAUGGAUUGGAGAAGGAUAGAUGGCCGGCAGCGCAGGCACAAUCGGGCAGGUCGAAGCUUGUCAAGUGGGCGGGGAAUGGCAAGGUUGAGGAGAUCGUCGAUGCCAAGAAGUUGACCGAUGAAUGUACCAGGAAAGGAUUUGCUGUAUAA